UACUGGCGGCGGUUCCCGCUUGGGUGGCGUCGGGAGCGUCCCGGUCUGGCGUCAGUCAGAGCGAGGAGCCGCUGUCGCGCCCAUGGCUGCUGCACCCACGCAGACCCCGCCCACGGUCGCCUCGCAUGUCCCUUUCGCAGAUCUGUGCUCCACUCUGGAACGGAUACAGAACAGUAAGGUGCGUGCAGAGAAGGUCAGGCACUUCAGGGAGUUCCUAGAUUCGUGGCGAAGGUUCCACAGCGCGCUCCAUAAGGACCAGAAAGAUGUCACAGACUCGUUUUACCCCGCCAUGAGGCUCAUUCUUCCGCAGCUGGAGAGGGAGCGGAUGGCCUACGGAAUCAAAGAGACGAUGCUCGCCAAGCUUUACAUCGAGCUGCUCAACCUGCCCAAGGGCGGGAAGGACGCCCUCAAGCUCCUGAACUACCGGACGCCGACGGGGACGCGGGGCGACGCCGGGGACUUCGCCACCGUCGCCUACUUCGUGCUGAAGCCGAGGUGCUUGCAGAAGGGGAGUCUGAGCGUGCAGCAGGUCAACGCCCUGCUCGACUCCGUGGCCAGCAGCAACGCCGCCAAGAGGAAGGACCUGGUCAAGAAGAGCCUCCUGCAGCUGGUCUCCCGGAGCUCCGCCCUCGAGCAGAAGUGGCUCAUCCGCAUGGUCCUCAAGGACCUGAAGCUGGGCGUCAGCCAGCAGACCAUCUUCUCCGCCUUCCACGGCGACGCCGCCGAGCUGCACAGCGUCACCACGGACCUGGAGAAGGUGUGCCGCCAGCUGCACGACCCCGCGCUGGGGCUCAGCGACAUCUCCAUCGCCCUGUUCGCCGCCUUCAAGCCCAUGCUCGCCGCCAUCGGGGACAUCGAGCGCGUCGAGCGGGACAUGAAGCACCAGAGCUUCUACAUCGAGACCAAGCUGGACGGCGAGCGGAUGCAGAUGCACCGCCAGGGCGACGUGUACGAGUACUUCUCCCGCAACGGCUUCAAGUACACGCCGCAGUUCGGGGCGUCCCCGCGCGAGGGCUCGCUCACGCCCUUCGUGCACGGCGCCUUCAGGGCCGACGUCCACGCGUGCAUCCUGGACGGGGAGAUGAUGGCCUACAGCCCCAGCACGCAGACGUUCACGCCGAAGGGGAGCAAGUUCGACAUCAAGAGGAUGGUGGAGGACUCGGACCUGCAGACCUGCUUCUGCGUGUUUGAUGUGUUGAUGGUGAACGGCAGGAAGCUGGGGCACGAGACGCUGAGGAAGAGGGAUGAGAUCCUGCGCAGCCUCUUCACGCCCGUCCCCGGCCGCUUGGAGACGGUGCAGAAAGCGCAGGCCCGCACCAAGCAGGACGUCAUCGACGCCCUGAACGAAGCUAUCGACAAGCGGGAAGAGGGGAUCAUGGUCAAACAGCCUCUGUCCAUCUACAAGCCGGACAAGAGAGGAGAAGGGUGGCUGAAGAUCAAACCCGAGUACGUGGACGGGCUGAUGGACCAGCUGGACGUGCUGAUCGUGGGGGGCUACUGGGGCAAAGGCCUGCGCGGGGGGAUGAUGUCUCACUUCCUGUGUGCCGUGGCCGAGACACCCCGGCCCGGCGAGGAGCCGUCCGUGUUCCACACGCUGUGUCGCGUGGGCUCGGGCUACACCAUGAAGGAGCUGUACGACCUGGGCCUGAAGCUGGCCGAGCACUGGAAGCCUUUCCACAGGAAGGCGCCGCCCGCGGGCAUCCUGUGCGGCACGGAGAAGCCCGAGGUGUACAUCGAGCCCCGCCGCUCGGUCCUCGUCCAGAUCAAGGCGGCCGAGAUCGUGCCCAGCGACAUGUACAGGGCCGGCUGCACGCUGCGCUUCCCGCGCAUCGAACGCAUCCGCGACGACAAGGCCUGGCACGCCUGCAUGACGCUGGACGAGCUGGCGCAGCUGCGCGGGCGCGCCUCCGGGCGGCUGGCGGCGGCGGCCUGCGAGCUUCGCUUCCACGGCGCCAGGGUGGUCCCUCGCCUGGCCGAAGGGGUGUCCCACGUCAUCGUCGGGGAGGACCGCAGCCGGGUGGCGGACUUCAGAGCCGUGCGCAGGACUCUGAAGCGCAAGUUUAAGAUCCUGCGGGAGGCCUGGGUCGCUGACUCGGCGGACGCGUGCGAGUUGCAGGAGGAGACCCGCUACCUGGUCUGAGGCCGCCUGGCCGGACGCCCCCGGCGGACACCGCGGCCGCGCACGCAGACAGCCCCGACCUGGGAGACCACGACGGCUGCCGCGCCCCACGCCGAGGGAGGAGGAGCCCCUGCGUGCUCUGUGACGCGAGCUGGGGUGACCCGUUGGGAGCGAGGCGCGUCCGCGACGGCCCCGAGCAGCCGGAGUCCCACUCGUCCCGGCAUGCUCUUGGCGGGCCCUGUCACGGAAGGGGACGCCAGGGUCCGCUUCCGCAGAGGCGCCGCUAGCCGCCGCCUCCGCUGGGCUUGGGGGCUUCGGGCUCGGGCCGCAGCCUCUCCGGCGGGAACGCUGUGAGCAGAGGUCUCCUUGCGGUUAGCGUCAGCUCAGGGAGGACGCCGUCUGGCCGUUGAUAGUGAGGAGACGCGGAAUGAGGUUUCACGGCCCGAAAACAAAUCAGCCGAUCAAAAAAAAUCUGGCCCACGUUUACCGCCACAGUAGAACACGCCUCCGUGUGCUGGACGUGACAGUGUGCCUGGCCCACACUGCUCCCUUCCACGGGCCGCCGCGGCAGAGUCCGGCCACCCCCGCCCGGACCUCCGCUCCGGGGGUCACUGCUGGCCCGUGGCUACAGCUCAUGCGAAGCCAGUGCGCCCGGUGUGUGGCCCCAGUGUGGGGCAGCAGGUGACGCGCGGAAGGACGCUGUCUCGGCCCCGUGGCGAUUGGGAUCUUGGCCCCUCGAGACUGUAUGUGAAUGAUUUGCGACUGGGAAUUUUAUGUGAACGGGGCGACAAAUGUAUGCAACUGUGCUCUGGUUCUUAACUUAAAUAAAAGACGCAGCAUAA